AUGUUCGACGAAUUAACUGCACUUCUUGAUGAUACAAAUCGUACAUCACAUGGAUCAAUUCUUAUAACAAGUUAUGAUUUUGAUUCGAAUUUUUUAUUACAACAUUUUUUAAGUUAUUCAUUAAAAAAUGCUUUAAAUUGUGUUUAUAUUAGUUUAUUAACACCAUUUUCUCAUCUUAAACAUGUUCAAAAUAAAAUGGGUAAUAUAUUAAAAACACCAGAAAUAUCAACAUCAUCUACUCUUAUGUUUAUUCCACUUUUUUCAUCAUUAUCUGAUCAAUUUUUUAACGAUAAAUCAUCAUUGAAUAUUGAUGAGCUUUGUACAAUGAUUCAACAACAAGUUAUUGCAUCACCCGAUAUAAUUAUUAUUGAAGAUUUACAAAUCUUACGUCAUUUAUUAAAAUUUUCUAAUAAAGAAAUAUUACUUAUGCAAAGAAAAUUACGACAAAUAUAUUCUAAAGCACAAUUUAUUACUCAGAUAUCUAUAUCUGAUGAUGAAAGCGAUGAUGAAAAUUUUUCAUCAUCAUUUAUCAAUAUGCUUAAAAGAAUACAUCAUAAACAUUUAUUUGUUCGAAGUUUAACUACUGGAGCUACAAAAGAUAUAAGUGGACAAUUAACAUAUACUGGUCCAUCUCAAUCAAGUCUAUGGACAAAUAUAAUUAUUCGUAAAUGUUUAUUUCGUUUAACAGAUCGAACAUUAAAUUUAAUAACUAGUGCUGUUUAA